GACUCAAGGUCCGGACUUCGAUUCACGCAUCACCGGUCUGUUCACUUUCACCUUCACUUGACGAACUAGCCUAGCGGCUUCCUGCAGAGAUAUAUCAAUACCCUGCCCCACCCUUCAUAUUCGGAAUAUUCGCACUACCACCUCCAUCGCGCAUUUCAUUCAAUAUGCCGUUCUCCAAGCCAACCGUGCCGGUUCACACCCGCGUUCAUGCUCCAGCUACCCUCCCGAAGAGCUGCGGCAAGAGCAACGUCAAGAAAACCUCCAAGGUCAACACCAAGGACGGCUCCACCCAGCCCCGCCCCGACAGGCUCCAUAUCCAUUUCCACCCGCACCCCCUCAAAUCUACCAAUGUAGACCAUAUUAACAACGUCAACGCGUCCAUCGUGCCCGGCGCCCUUCCCGUUGACACAGGCCUCUAUCUCCGCCCUUCCCGUUCGCUCUUCUCCCACGGCGGAAAAGCCCCCAUCAUGGCCUACAUCCCUCCCGGCAGCAAGCCCAGCACUCACUGCAUGUGGACCACCGACAGCGCCCACUUCAACGAGGCCAUAGACCUGUACAUGAAGCACGGCUUCGUCAAGGCCGUGAUCAAGAACACCAACGUAGACGGGGAGAAGGUCAAGUGUAGCGUCUUGCUUAUAGGACCUUGGGAGCAGGUGCCGAAGGGUGCGUUCAAAAUCCACAUCUGGAAGGAGCCCGUGACGUGGGUUCGUGCGGCGUGGAUGGCUGUGAAGGAUGAAUUUCGGAAGUCUUGCGAGGAGGUGCGCGAGCAAAUUAGGAAGGAGAAGGAGGAGAAUGAGAUGAAGAAGCGGGCGGAGGAGAAAUCGAAGGCGUUGGAGAGUGAGAGCGAGGAUGGCGAGUGGGAUGAGCAGAUUCCGUGGGAGUGAGGGGGCCGUCCUUCAGGCUGUCGAAGGUUGAUCUCGUACAAACGGUUUCUACAGGAGGGGCUGGCUGAUUGACGCUACUAGCUGAAGGCAUUCACGGAUAUCGAUUCUUGGUUUUUGAGAACUUCGAGUCGCCGCUUUGGUCUACCAAAGGUGGUGCCACUGGUAACCGCACAUCAAUGUUCAACAAAAUUGAAAUCACGUCAGACG